AAAUGUUAUGGUCUGUCAUAGAGCUUAGUUAAGAGGAACGACGAUAAAAGAGCAAGGAUGUUGUAUAUCCAUGAGUGGGCUUUUGGUGUUUUGUGUGUUCAGAACAAUAUACAAAAUCCGAUGCAGUUGUUUUUAAUAAUGAAUGAAAUUAAUUCAUGUUGGUUUUAGGCAAAUGAGGAGUGUUCUUUUCCUAGUAUGUUUGAAAGAAUUGCAUUUAAGAAUGCACAAAGACUUUUAGCUCUUCUUUAAAUGCUUCUAACAUCUACAGUGGAUGAGUAUUGGAAGCCAACUGGUAGCUGGUUCGUCGACUGAUCGAUUUACUAAAGCAAAUUCAGACAAACAGCCCUUCGUUCAAAACUGAGUGAUACUGAAGAAAAGGAUACAAAUUCUGCUGACAAUGGAAAGAAUUGCUAUAAAGGAUUACUUUAAAGUCAGGAUGGCUCACAGCAAUUCUUUGGACUGAUCAGAUAAGAAGUGGAAACAAGUCUUAAGGGCAAAGGAUGACUGGCCAGGGGCCUGUAGAGGAAAAAGUACUUUCAUCUCAUCAACUGUCAGUGAAGACACAGUUAAAGGAUGAGACAGAGAGACCAGACAGCACCAUCAGCCGGUUGCAUUCGGUGUGUGAUGACACAUCUUCGGAGCUUCAGGACAUGGCCACCAUAGAACCUCAAGGUGGUAGAAGGGCUUUGUCACGAUUGGUAAGCCUUGUGGUGAUUUUGAGGGAGUGGGCCCACAAGAGCCUGCUGGAGGAAGAACAAAGGCCUGAUUCGUUUCUGGAGAGGUUCCGUGGACCGGAGAUAAGGACCGCCCCUAGUCGCAACAGCCAGACCAAUGACGCACACAGCAAAUGGAAUAUUUUGAGCAAGAUCGGCACGUUUGUUGUGGCACCCACUGACGACGUAUACUACUACUGGCUCUUUGUUAUUGCCUCAGCUGUCCUCUACAACUGGGUCCUUCUGGUGGCAAGGGCCUGCUUUGAUGCCCUUCAGACAGAUUGCUAUGUCCUGUGGCUGGUCCUGGAUUAUCUUUCAGAUGUCGUAUACAUCCUGGACACCUGUGUCCGAUUACGCACAGGGUUUCUGGAACAGGGCCUGUUGGUGAAAGACCUGUCUAAGCUUAGCAAGAGCUACGUCAACACGCUGCACUUCAAGCUAGAUGUCAUGUCCAUUCUACCAACUGACCUUGCUUACAUUGCCACUGGCAUCCACACGCCCCAGCUGCGUUUCAAUCGUCUGCUACGCUUUCCUCGUAUGUUUGAGUUUUUUGACCGCACUGAGACGCGCACUAAUUACCCCAAUAUCUUUCGCAUCUGCAAUCUGAUUCUUUACAUCCUUGUCAUCAUCCACUGGAAUGCCUGCAUCUACUAUGCUAUCUCUAAGUCACUGGGUUUUGGCUCAGACAACUGGGUUUAUCCUAAUAUUACAAGCUCAGAAGAAUCGCUGUCUCUUAGCUAUGUAUUCUGUUUGUAUUGGUCCACUGUUACUCUCACUACAAUUGGGGACAUGCCGCCACCUGCCAGGGAUGAGGAGUAUCUGUUUGUGGUCUUUGAUUUUUUAGUUGGCGUACUGAUCUUUGCCACCAUCGUAGGUAACGUGGGUUCCAUGAUCUCCAACAUGAAUGCCACACGGGCAGAGUUUCAGGCUCGCAUCGAUGCCAUCAAGCAUUACAUGCAAUUCCGAAAGGUCAGCAAAGAUCUGGAGGCACGCGUCAUAAAGUGGUUUGACUACCUGUGGACUAACAAGAAAGCAGUGGAUGAGGCGGAGGUGCUGAAGAACCUCCCAAACAAACUGCGUGCAGAAAUUGCCAUAAAUGUGCACUUGGAGACGCUAAAAAAAGUGCGCAUUUUCCAAGACUGUGAAGCUGGCCUACUUGUGGAAUUAGUCCUCAAGUUGAGACCACAGGUCUUUAGCCCUGGUGAUUACAUCUGCCGAAAGGGUGACAUCGGAAAAGAGAUGUACAUCAUAAAAGAGGGUCGCUUAGCAGUCGUGUCAGAUGAUGGGGUGACGCAGUUUGCCCUACUGACUGCCGGCAGCUGUUUUGGGGAGAUCAGCAUUCUAAACAUACAGGGUAGCAAGAUGGGCAAUCGUCGGACUGCCAACAUCCGCAGCAUUGGCUAUUCUGACCUAUUCUGCCUGUCCAAGGAUGAUCUGAUGGAGGCAGUGAUGGAGUACCCUGACGCCAAGAAGGUGCUGGAGGACCGGGGUCGAGAAAUUCUGCUGAAAGAGGGGCUGUUGGAUGAGAAUGCUGCAAGGAAGCCAACAGGGGAGGAUGUUGAGGAGAAGGUGGAGCUGCUGCAGAAUUCCCUGGAUUCUCUAGAAACACGCUUUGCACAGCUGUUGAAUGAGUACACAGCAACGCAGCAGCAACUCAAACAGCGCAUUACUGUGCUGGAGCAACAGCUUUGUAACAAAGGCUCUUGCUUCAUUACAGACAGAGAGGGGGACGUUAUCCUCGAUGACAACGCGACAGAUAAAGAACUGGUGAAAGAUGAAGUAGCUGAGGAUGAUGGAAAUGGCCCUUAGAUGGCUUCAGUUAAACAACCGUACGCGUAUGAGAAUUCCUUUGUAUAUGCAGGAAAUAUUUGUUCAGACUUUAUACAUAAACUCAAAUGUAAGCCUUCAAAUGGUAUGUUUCCUUCACAAACAAUA